UCCACGAGCUUCCUCUGUCAUUUUUCUGAAAACCUUUGAGCUAUCAAUAUGAAAAAGUUUUCACAAGACCAAAAAAAUCUUGAUGAUGGUGUUAAAAUGUAUGAUUGGAUGAGAUGGCUGUCAAAGGGCAUCGGUGUGUGGCCUUUAGCACCGAAUGAUUACUUAUUUGCGUUGAGUUAUUUAUAUUUCACCAGUGUCAUGGCAUCUGCGCUGAUUGAUCUGUACAUAAGCCUUGGUAAUCUUCGUAAAGUUAUUGACAAUCUUUCAGAAAGUUUGGCGCUUAUGCAUCUGUACACAUCAACGUUGAUGUUGAGAGUUCAUUGUGGAAAAUUGCGCUAUGUAUUGACAGAGUUACUGAAAGAUUACAAAAUAAAUGCUUUUGAAAAUUCAACAGAAUUGAAGAUAUUUUUGGCGCAUAUCAAAGAAGGCAAAGCAUUUGCUAAAACAGUUCUUUAUUUUAUCGCAGUCACUGAAGUUAUCUGGUACAUACUCCCGGUAGUAAUAAUAUCAUCAAUUUCCGUUGGGGAAAAUGAUACGAUACCAUUUAUUCUUCCAUACCGCUUUUACAAUAUCUACCCAAUUAGUUCCACAAGAAAUUAUAUACUGACUUAUAUAUGGGAGGGAAUAUACUUCUUUAUUAACAGCUGCAGCCAUAUGACGUCAGAGGGCUUUUUGAUUUUAUUUGUGUACCAACUAAGCGGCAGAUUUGCGAUUUUAGCUGAGAGAAUCAAUGAUUUGAAGAAUAAUCCAGAUAUGUAUAAAUCCCAACUGAAAGCAAUCGUUAAGGAACAUAAUAGAUUGUUAAAAAUCGGAGAUUACAUCCGAGAUGCGUAUGCUACGGCAUUGUUUGCCUAUUUAAUCAACGGUACGAUUCUCAUGAGCAUGAUUGGGUACCAGAUACUUCUAAGUUUUAUGACAGCGCCUGAUUCUAACUUGACGGUCUACUUUUUGUUUAUAUUUACAAUGUAUUUUAUAAUUACUGCUUUUUGUAUUGUCAGUGAACAGCUCACAGAAGCGAAUAACAAAGUUAAAGAAGCUUUUUGGAAUUGUGAGUGGUAUCAAAUGGAUCGAGAGUGUAUUUAUGACAUAACAUACUGCAUAUCUAGAAGCCAAAAACCACUUGCGCUGCAGGCUGGAAAAUUUUUAUAUUUUAGUAAUAACACAUUGACAGAUGUAACUAAAACAUCACUUGGAUAUUUAUCAAUACUGAGGAAUUUUUUAAUUGUAAACUAAGGUCAAUAUUACCAAUAUUGCAUGAAUUAUUAUU